AUGGAUCGUCCGCCUCUUCGUCUCCGCCUCUUCCUUCGCAAUCGACACCUCUCGCCACACAAACCUCACCGUCGUCUCUUUAACUUGACCGACUACAAACCAUCUCCCUUAACAAAACCUCACAAAAACCUCAAGAGCUCUGACGUCGUCGUUGUCGCCAACCCUUCCUGCAACCUCCGGUUCCGCCUCUACAUUCCCACCGCUGCUACCACCAAGCUCCCCAUCAUCGUCUUCUUCCACGGCGGCGGGUUUGUCUUCAUGUCCGCCACUUCAAAACCCUACGACGACUUCUGUCAACUCCUCACUUGGGUGCCCCCCGCCGUCGUCAUCUCCUUCAACUACAACCUCGCACUGGAGCAUCAGUAUCCGUGCCAAUACGACGACAGUUUAGACAUCCUCAAGUUCAUCGAAGACAGCAGCUUGUUCGAGGGCGCGAAUCUCGGGCAGUGCUUUCUGGUCGGGGAUUGCGCCAGUGAGAACAUAGCGCACCACGUGGCGAUUAGAGCGAGCGGGCACGAGUUUUGGGAGCUGAAUGUUGGCGAUUAA